AGUAGUGAGCAGUGCACUGUUUCGAACACAUCUUUGUUAUGAGCUAAGUUUACUUUUAAGUUUGAAAAAUGGAUAUAUUUCCGUACUGUCCACCGGAGGUUAAGUUCUCCGAUAUACGGUCAAAUUGUUUUCUUGACACCCUGGCCGUUUCCAUAUUAACUGGAUUUAUUGUGAUUUUUGGAUUCCUUCAAUUGAUCAAAUACUGGAGAUAUGCCAAACCGGUUUCGGACACAUCCUCAUCGAUGCUAUAUUAUUUUCAAAUUAUUCUGCUCACAAUAAUUCCAUCGCUAUCAAUUGUGGAUGUGACUCAUCUUUAUGGAUAUACGGUACGAUAAUUAUUGUGUAAUAUUAAUUGAAUGUGUGACGCAACAGAGCAAUUAAGAGUAAAAAAAUUUUUUUGAAGUGAAUAAUCUGCUAAUAUAAAGGUGUAUAGUGAGCGCUUAAGAGCGAAUUUCGAUUUUAUUUGAAAUAAUUUUUAUAUGGAGGUGUUUCACUUCAAAACAAUGUCAAUUCCAAACUGUACUUUGGCGCUUAUUCAUUAAAACUUUAGCUCAAAUGAAUGCCGCACGGAGUUGCACACAGACUCAUUGUUGAGUAGAAUGCAUGAAGCAUACACGUUGUCGCUGCACCGUAGCUGCUGUAUGCGAUUUGUUUAAGCUAACUAACAGAUUUGUGCCAUUCCAUUUGCACGUGCAAUUCAUAUAUUCUACUCUCAGCGUGAUUUAUUCGUAUAUUCUACAUGUAAGAGUGUCUGCAGGAGUUUGUGCAAUGUUCAUUUGAUAAAUUUGUAAGAAAUUGUUAGAAUGGGCCGUUUUACCUGGUGACUCGUAUCAGGCGGUAUUCCCUUAAUAAGAUUUGAAUCUAAAAAUUUCAACUCGUAUUUCAGUUUCUCGUAUCAUCGUUAACUUGUCUAUCAUUCCUUAUGUCGAUAUGGCUGGUUUUAACGGAACGAUCCUAUCUGUUACCAUUGGCUCCGGAACGAAGACAUAGUACAGUUUUGCUGAUAUUUUGGUCGUUGUUUUUUAUUAAUGAGAAUAUUUCAAUCAUAAAAUUGAAAAAUGGGCCUGUGUUUGUGAUUCGAUAUGUAUGCAGUUUAUUGGUUGUGAUUUUGGGACUUUUAGCCCCUGGCAUCGAAUCGAAUCGUAAAGAAAGUUGCGUUCGCCUUGAAGAUGACAAAACCAAGGCAAAAUCCACCUGGACUGAACAAUGGAACAAGUUCAAAUUUCUUGUACAGCAUUUUUGGCCACGAACAAAUACUGCAAUUCAGCUUACCAUCGUAUGCAUCAUUUUUCUGUUGAUUAUUGAACGUUUCAUCGUUGCAUUGAUUCCAGUCUAUGAUCAGAAGAUAGUUGAUGGUCUUGGAGAAAAAAUCUAUUGCUGGGACAUGAUUCUAGUUUUAGUUGGAUUCAAGUUUUUGCAAAGAGGAUUCCUCAAUCAUUUGCAUUCGUAUCUGUGGAGAUACGUGGACCAUUUCAUGAGUCGCCAAACAGAAAGUAAAAUAUUCACACAUAUCCAGAAUCUAUCGUUGCGAUGGCAUUUGGCUCGAAAAACUGGGGAUGCUAUCACUGCCCUAGAUCGUAGUGGUGAUACCAUUACUGGUCUAAUGGAAUACACAAUACUCUGGAUUGGUCCCAGAAUAAUCGAUAUUAUCAGUUCAAUAGCAUUUAUAUCAGUCACAUUUGGCUGCUAUUUUGGUCUUAUUCUCAUAGUACCAAUGUCUCUGUAUCUAUGGCUAACAGUUGUAUUGACGGAAUGGAUUAAUCAGUAUAAAAAAAGCAUGAACUCAGCGAAUAGUGAACAACGUUCGCGCUGUAUUGAUUCACUUUUAAAUUUUGAAACUGUUAAAUAUUGUGGAACGGAAAAAUAUGAAGCACAAUGUUUUUGCGAAGCGAUCACAAAAUGUCAAAACGAAGAAAGAAAAUUUUCUAUACCUUACGUACUACUGGAUAUUAUUCAAGAGAUCAUAAUUCAUGGUAGUUUACUAGGUGGAUCACUUUUUUGGGCGUAUUUAGUAGUCGAUGUUGGAUCAAUUACGACGGGCCAAUACAUCUUUUUCGUAUCACACAUUUAUCAUUUGUACUAUCCUUUCAAUGAUCUUGUAUUUUUGUAUAAAUAUAUGCAAGCAAAACUGGUAGAUGCAGAGACACUAUUUGAUUUACUGGAAGAAAAGCAAGAGGUGGUUGAUGCACCAGAUGCUGUAGAAUUGCCUUCCGUUCGUGGCAAAAUUGAGUUCAAAAAUGUUACCUUUGGUUAUAUGCCCGAGGAAAUUGUGUUGAAGAACGUUUCGUUUUCAGUCCCGGUCGGUAAGACUGUUGCGAUCGUUGGACCAUCGGGAGCGGGAAAGAGUACAAUCAUUCGUCUUUUGUUUCGGUUCUACGAUGUUCUUGGAGGGUCUAUUUGUAUUGAUGGCCAUGAUAUAAAAGGUGUGAAACAAGACUCGUUGCGGCAGGCAAUUGGCGUUGUUCCCCAAGACACCAUUUUAUUCAACAGUACCAUCAAGCAUAACAUAAAAUACAGUCGCUUGAAUGCAUCUGAUGAUGAAGUGAUUGAGGCUGCUCGUGCUGCCGAAAUUCAUGAGAAAAUCAUGAAAUUCUCCGAAAAAUACGAAACCGAAGUUGGAGAAAGGGGACUACGAUUGAGUAGUGGUGAAAAGCAGAGAGUCGCUAUAGCUCGAACUAUUUUAAAAGCGCCAUCGAUUAUGCUAUUGGAUGAAGCAACUAGUGCAUUGGAUACACAAACUGAACGCAAUAUUCAAAGUGCUUUGGCAAAAGUGUGUGCGAAUCGAACGACUGUAAUUGUUGCACAUCGACUUUCUACGGUCAUUCAUGCCGAUGAAAUUCUCGUAAUGAAAGAUGGUGAAAUCAUGGAACGUGGUCGACAUAAUGUGCUAUUGGAUAAAAAGGGAAUCUAUGCAGAUAUGUGGAAUGUACAAAAUGACGCAAAUUCCACCAAAAAUGACAUUGGAAUAAGUGACACCCAUCAAAAGGCAGACUAAAAAUGUUGAAUCAAUUAUUUCUAUUUAUUUAUUUUCUCUAAUUUCAAACAGUAUUAUUGACGUCGAAUUUUUUUUUAUAUUUAAAGCCGUAAAUUUAAGAAAGAGCUAAGCUUAUGUACAUUCAUCUAUAUACAAGAAAGCCAUACUGGAAGUGAAAAAACAUUCCCAAUAAUUUUCCUUAUCAAAUGUGCCAUUUCCUCAAAAUUUAAGUGAAAGCUUAUUGAUUUUCAACGUAGCAAUCUUUGUGUUCACAGUGUUCAAGUCGGUGAAAAAUUAGACAAUAUCUAAUUGAAACAAUAGUCGACAGAACCAUCGGUUCAUGAAUCAUCAAUUAGACAAUUUCGCUCAAAAGUAACUAUGUGUUCACAGCAGAGCACUCUGCCACAUUCUCGUCUCAAUACCAUUGAUUUUACAUAUAAAAUAACAAGAAGCAACGACAAAAGUAACCUCUCGUAGCGGCACAGUUGAAACUAACGAAACAAACACAAAUGAACUUUUUCACAAUUUUUUUUUAUUUCUUGAUCUUAAUAUCGAAAAUGCUGCGUUUAUUGUCCGAAAAGUGUAACUCGAUUUCUUCCAAUGUUCGAUUCUCGGUUUCUGGUAGGAUGAACAACAUUGAAAUGAAUCUAGAAUUGUUAGAAAAGAAAACCGAAUGUGAUUUGUUAUGAAAAUAAAAUAAAAAUAAAGUUCAUAGCAAGUAGA